GAAAAUUAGGGGGAGAGAGAGGGUCUACGCAUAGCCAACGCAACGAACCGAGGCCUAAUUGAAUCGAUUGAGCAUUGAUGCUCUCCCUUGCCCUUUUUCUAGCUCCAAUUCGUAUCUUGCUCUGUAAAUUCUCAAAAUUUAACGAUUUUUUAAUCUCCAAACACCAAGAAAGUACAAGGCCGAAGGGUAGGGAAAGAAGAAAGGAAACGAUGAUAACGCGAUCCAAUUUAGCAGAGCAGUUGAGAGAGUAUCAGAUUCGAUCUAAGCACGAUUGGGCUUCCGUUUCGUUUUUCUCUUCCACGUCUAAUCUUACCUCUUCUAGGGUCGAUGUUGUGGUCUUUGUUAUAUGGGAACUGGUUAUUUUAGCAUUCCUGGUUUUUUCAGCUGUUUCGUUGUAUUUUAGGCAUAUGCAACUUGCCUUUAUCCUAGUUUGCAUCACAAUGCUAUUGCUUCUCUGCAUGAAAAUCACAAAACAAGUUAGAUUGGCUAGGAAAAAGAAGAGAAGGAUGCUUCUUCCUUUAUCAAUGUAGAACUACUUGAAGCUUGAAUUUGUUUAAAACAGACUUGUGUAAAUUUAAGAUCUAUUGAUCAUUGCUUUUGGCCUGAGGCAAGCUGGCUGUGAUUAAAAGUAUGUAACUUGGCCUGAGGCAAGCUGACGAAGGACCAUCAUUUCGAUAUGAUCACCUCAAAAGUUGGUGAACCAUUGGGGAGUCUAAUGAGUUGAGCUGGAAAGUUGGGAUUUUCUAAUUGAACUUGUAGCAGUUAACUUUAAGGUACAGUAUGGUUCUCACUACUUAUCUUUUCCUUGUAUUCGUGGUUGCGAGAAACUAAAUUUCAGAUGCUAAUCCCGGUGGGAAUGUAGUUAAACAAUAUUUGCUUUAUUUUGUAAUGUGUUUAGACUUGGCCGUAGUCUAAAAGGCAUAAGAGGAUAGGAGUGGAUGCUGUGAGUGAUUGGAACAUUUUUGCAUGUAAUUUGCAAUAGAUCAAUAGUAUACUUUGAUUGAAGAGUUAAA